UUCUGUUUGUCAAAAGGAAGAAAUGGCUGAAAACCAUUUUUCCACCUUCACUUUAGUCCAGCCAUUCAUACCAGGUCCUCGAAUGGCAUUUGUCAACCAUUGUGAUACAGAGGAAGGAGCAAGAGAGUCAGAAGUUGGAGACAAUACCAACACGAUUGGUAUUGUUGAAAGUGCUACACAAAAGCAAAUAGAUAAAAUCUCUGUACUGUUAUCAGGACACGACAAACCAAAAGAACCAAGUUUGUAUUUGGAGAGUAUUUCAGAGACUCUUUCAGAGAAGGAUCUUAGUCAUUCAUCUCAGGAUGCCAAUCAAGAAGAAAAAAACAGAGUAAAUGCACAAGUAGAAGGACACAAAAUUUUAUCAAAAUCAGUGAAAGAGGAAGAAGAACCUAAAGGAAGUGAAAAUAACCAGCCACAGAAUUUAUCAGAGAAUCUUACCAAGGAGGAUCUUAGUGGUUCUUCUUGGACUGGCAAUUCAAAUGGAUACAAGACAGUACCCAAACAAGUAAAGGUGCAUGUUAAGACACAACCUCAGUAUCAGGUAACAAUAUUCAUUCAGGAAAUUUGCACACACAGAGAAGAUUGGAUUACUGCAGCUCCAGAGAUUACUGGAAGGAGGAGGAAGUGCUGGAUUGGGGCAGAACACAGGGAGGCAUUUCUCUUCUCCAGAAGGAUCAGGCAUCUGAGAUAUAUGUUGCAUUGAUACUAGUUAAUCAGAUCAGGUUACUUUGAACA